AAAACAGUUUUGUCUCCCGUCUGUGGAGGCUCUACUUCUACUCUAGAUAUCUACAUCGACAUCCGUGAAAAGUAGUCGCGGUGCGGUGCGGUCGUGUGUUUGCUACUUUAUAUUAACGCUAAAAAAAAAACUGAACUGACAAUAGUGGCAAAUUGGCAUUUGGCCUUGGCUUAGGCCAAGGGAUAUUUUGAGUGUUUUCUUAAUGUCCUACAAUGGAAAUCCUGUAAUUUAACUUUCGGUAGCCAUCUCUAUUUUGUUUUUAACAUGUGGAAGUAUGUAUCACGCCGUAUCAGGGACACGUUAGAGAGGAACGUUGCCCAUUUCGACAGACGUAGUACUACAGGUUAUGGAAACUCAACUGGUUCUGCGGAAGAUAAGGACAAGCGAUCUCCAUCAUGUCGUUGGUAUUCGCGAUGCUGUGGCUCUUAUCAAAAUGAUAACAACACCAACAGUAAUAGGUGGAACUUCGAACAGCUAAAUCGCAGUUGGAUAGGUGCCAUCACAUGGAGCAGUGCUCUGGUUGUUGGGUGGUAUGCCAGUCAACUGCUUCAUUUAAAAUACAAGUAUCAUCUCCAGGAUCAGUCUAAGAAAUGCCCAAGAACAAACAAUGGGAAUCCACUAUGGGCAGGGCCGAGGAUGUUUUCUGCUCUGUAUCCAUAUGUGAAAUGUGUUAAGAAAAAUGAUGAAGUCCUGAAACCUAUUCCUAACAUCGAGAAUGUAUUAAGGGGCUUCACUCCUACAGUACAUUUUGUAACAAAUGAACAUGGUGGAGAGAAACAUCGCAAGUCGAGCAGCAGUGCUAGUAGUACUGAUUCAUCAGAAAAUGAUUUGGGAGAAGUUCUGAAUUCCAUUGAGAAUAAAUUAGGGCUUGCGGCCCUUGAAAAUGGUCAUCAUCAGGAUGGCUUGAACCUUCUCAGAUCUGCAGCAAAUCGUAACCAUGCACCGGCUCAAUACAAUCUAGGGUUGUGUUAUGAGAUGGGACUUGGAGUUGCAGCUGAUGAAAAAAUGGCAAUGGAGCUGUACCGAUCAGCAGCGGCUCGGGAACACCCUGUAGCCCUUUACAAUUUGGGAAUCUAUUAUGGGCAGGGCCGAGGAGGGCUCACACGAGAUGUAGCCACUGCCACGCGUUUGCUUCGUCUAGCUGCUGUGCAGGGUCAGCAAGAUGCUAUUAAAGCUCUAAAGGACCUUGACGAAGACAUUGUUGCAUCAAAACCGAAGAACGAAGUUGACCCAUCGAUGUAUGCCUACCCAUCUGCUCCAUACCUGCAUAAUGACAAUAGUAACAUUGUGCCAGCCCACGCCACUCUUUUUGUUGAAAAUGCACAAAUGCUUCGUCCUCAAAUUUAUUAACUUUGACUAUUUUGUUUUUAGAAAUUGGUGCGUUUAUAAUUCGCAUUUUAGUGAUUUCAGAACUUAAUAAUUUAGUUAAUAAGUCGAACAAUCAUCCUAACACGUUUAUUUUAUGGUAUUUUGUUUUAAUUCUACCUAAUAGUAUUUUACACACACAAUAGGUACUUCUAAAUCUUAUAAUAUAACCAGCUGAAGGGACCGCGACAAAAACAUGAAGAGUAAUUUUAUUUAAUCAAAAUCAUACUAUGUCAAAUUAAAUUGGAACGUACACCUAAAUUAAGGGGCUAGAAACAUCUGCCUAAUUAGAAAAAAACCUUAGGAAGAUACCUAAUAAAACUGAUCAAAUAAAUUAGUAAUUAUUGACUUUAUGUGAUAGUGUAUGCGGUGACGGGAUUAUAAGAUAAUUACAUAAUUAUGUGACUAUAAUAUAAUGAUAAAUAAUAUCAGAUUUGUUAAAAUUGUUACCGAUACGUAAGGACGUGGCGUACGGGCACUAAAAAUGGUCUCACCGCUGUACAUAAACGUGAGAGCCAAACCUAGUCUAUGCAAACAAUUGCGCACUCAUCGCGUUGUAAUGUCGAAUAAAAAUUAUUGUAAAUGCGCUUUCGUAUGUGUACCUUUAAACGAGCAAUUCUUGUAUAUUUAUAUAUAUAUAUACUGACGAGCUCGGAAACCGCUCUAACGAUUUCGCUGACAUUUGUUAUGUGGGGGUUUUCGAGGGUGAAAGAUCGAUCUAGCUUAGCCGCCUUAGGUCCCGGAGAACGCGAAUUUUCGAAUUUUCAUGUAUUUUUCUUUCUCGUUAGUAAACGCAAGAUAUGGUCGCUAAUUUCGUCGCCCGCGCAUCGGCGUCGCGUAGCUCCGUGUAAGAGGGUUGGUCUUAUAUUCGCAGGCACAUUCGCAAAUGUCAGGGUUUCGAAUCCCGGCCAGAAAGUUUUUUUUUAAAAUUAUAUUUAUGAGGUUUUUUUUUUAUCUAAAGACGUGAUGUGAUAUAAUAAAAUAUGAAAGCGAAGCUCGGUCGCCCAGGUACUAAUACUUUGAUAUCAAUAUUUAAAGUUCAACGCCUAUUGUUAGGAUCCUUAUCAAACAGACGAAAUGUUAAGUCUUAUUAAACGAGAUCUUUGACACUGUUAGUUUUACGUUAAUAAUCUACGUUCAUUUUAGUUGUGUGUAAAACUAGUUUUGAGUCUUCGCACGGCUCUAAAGAACUAGAGUCAUUAAGAAAGACUUCCGUGAUAAUUUGCGAGUUCUGUACAUGUUUGUAAAAUUUCUUGUAAGUUGAAAUAAAUGAAAUCGAUAAAAUCCCUCAAACAUUUUUUUUUCUAUUGUCUUUAAAACAUGAUCAGGAUUUGAAUGGAUGAAGUCCGCAGAGAAAGAGGCCUCAAGAUUACUUAUUAAACAUAUUGUGUCAUCCAAAAACCGCUACCAUUUUCUAAAAUCCGUUAUCACGACCUUAUACUACUUCACCUUGUUAAACUCGUCGUGGGCGUGAGUUUCCACACGUGGUAAAGCCUGAAAUUUAUUUAUCUCGUAAGGCUAGUCAAAUAUUAAGACACUCCUUUUUACUUUUUAUUUAUGUUGACGCUCUCCGAAAGAAAAUUUCGAGAAAGUGUAGGUUUAGUGGUUUAAAUUGUAUAUUAAAUGUACAUACAAGUACGCUUGUAUACAAAUUGUUAUUGAUUGACGCUUAUUGUUAAGGGAGUAUUUUUAUUUUGAAAUAAACUACAUAAUUAGACCUUA